GCGGCCAACGGUACCGCAUGUGCCGCUAGCUGCUCCGCAGAAAACAAACAACGUGAGGAAUUCUACCGUGCAGUGUGAUACGAUGCUGACUUGUGUUUUUUGAAAGACAGUGACAAAGACGAACAGGAUCGAGUGUAGUGUUAACAACGCCUCAAAAUGCCGAAGAUCUUUCUCAUCAAGAAGCGGCUGCAUGAGCAGCAACUCGGGCUGCAGGAGGGUCUGGAGUUGCUAGCCAGCAAGACAGACCCACUUUGCACAGACUCCCCCCUCGAUGACGGACCCAUCCCCCUUCUCAUCAGGAAGGACAGGGAAUGUGCCGAACGUGAUGUAUUUGGAGAACAUAAUUCCAAGAACUCGCAUGAGAAACGCACAAAAGAACCAAGAAGAUUUAUCUCGUCUAUACUCGGCGGAGACAUACCUUAUGGAAGUCACAAAGGGCAUGUCCUUACGCCUGCAGAGAGAAAACAAUAUUUACCAGUGGUAGCCGAGGAAAAGAAACCGGAAGAGCGUCCGCUCAUUAAAGAAGAGAAGGAUUUAAUUGAUAGUGAUCCCGUAGUUCUCCCAUCGAGAAACACACCCUCUCCAGAAUCUGUGCCUUCACCUGGUGUAGAUAAUAAUGUAACAUGCCAGAAAGUUUCAGUUAUUCAGAGAACACCAUCACAAUCUCAAUUCCGCGAUAGUAAGAAAGAAAUUUCUGACGUCAGUAUACCUGCGACAUUGCCUGUACCUGAGCCAGAACAAGACCAGCCAAUUGACUAUGUCAUAGCUAAAAAGCGUGGAGAAACGGAAGAUGAGGAAACUGAAAAGAAAAUAAGAGAACAGAGGAGGACAAGCAGCUCCAAAAUUGCUAAUAGUAUUUUGGCUAGACCUGUCCUUGUGCUUAGAAAUUGCCCGGGUAGUAAAGUUCCUGGUAUCCUAAAUGCUGCUGCAGGUCAUGGACGCUCAACUGGAGGAAGUGGAUCUAACGCUGGCUCCCAAAGUAGUGGUGGAUCAGCAAGCUUCAGUUCCGGAGGUGGAAGCACAGCUCCUUCAUCAGGUGGAGGUGGAGCGAUUGGAGGAGGAUCAGGGAGUGGUGGAAACGGACGAGACGGGAGAUCUAAUUAUGGCCCCAACAGCCCACCUACUGGAAGUCUUCCACCGUUCUAUGAAACGCUCGGACCUUCUUCAAAAGGUGGUCAAAAUUCAUUCAAUGCAAAUAGUAAUUUUUCCAAUGAGUUCAAUAUGAUUAAUGGUUUUAAUAUGGAUUGUGAAAAUGCUGAAAACGCGGCUAAUUUCCCUGAACAAAGUAAACAGUAUUCUCUAAUGCAAAAUGCACAUUAUGGACUAGCAUUAAAAGAUGAAGAGAUAGAUUAUGAAGGUAAAUUAGAAAACUUAAGUGCUAUGGGUAGCUAUGGGAGUAAUUUUGAUGACCCAAUGGUGGUUGAUAUGGGUGAUGAUGUUAUAGAUAGUUAUCAGUUUUCAACAACCUUGACUUUUAAUGGAGGAAACGAAAGCAUUUUAGGGAAUCUUUCGGACUCAACAGAAGAUUUUGCAAGCUUAUUAAAUAAUCAUGUUGAAUCUAUAACUGAUACAGAAAUAAGAGAAUCUUCUUCCAUCACACCUGAUUCAGUUCACAACCCAGUAGAUAUAGAAACAUUGGCCGAACAAGUGAACUUAAGUAGACAGUAUUAUGAGAAAGCUAACUAUUUAGCCUUCGCCAGUCAAGAACAGGGUUCUUCGUAUAACUUUUCAAAAGACCGACCAGAUUUAUUGAUGCAACUUAAUCCAGCGCUUCUACAACACAAUGAGGGGCCAAUGCAACAGCUACAAAUACACGUACAGUUCCAGCAGAGGCCACCGAUAUUGUCACCAGGCUUCCCCUUCACUAGUCACUCCUUAGACCUGGACUCACCAACGGGCGUAUCGCUACCUUCGCCCGGCGGCAACAACUCCUUGGACGGCAGCAGUCACGUCGAAAACUCAGCACUCAGCCCUGCAGCUGCUGUAAGUCUCAAGAAAGGCUCUGCCAGCGAUAGCAAAUUACAAAUCUUGCAACAAAGGUUGGGUCUACCAGCAGAACUUCCAUUAGAAUUCAUCAACGGUGGACACGGUGUGAAGAACCCAUUGGCAACAGAAGCUAACGCUAGGCAGAGAGAAGAGGAGAAGAACAAACAAGUUUUAGUCAGCGAAGACGACCCUACAAAGUUUGUUUGCAGAGUCUGCUCAAAGAAUUUUAGUUUACAGAGGCUUUUGAAUCGACAUAUGAAAUGCCACUCGGACGUCAAGCGAUACCUUUGCACAUUCUGCGGCAAAGGAUUCAAUGACACAUUCGAUCUUAAGCGACACACCAGGACACAUACUGGAGUACGACCCUACAAAUGCAACCUUUGCGAGAAGUCAUUCACACAACGAUGUUCAUUAGAGUCACACUGCCUAAAGGUGCAUGGUGUUCAACACACCUACGCAUACAAGGAAAGAAGGACUAAGAUGUAUGUUUGCGAAGAGUGCGGCCACACAACAUCUGAACCAGAAGAGCAUUACAUGCACCUCAAGAAACAACACCCUUAUUCACCGGCAUUGCUCAAGUUUUACGACAAACGGCAUUUCAAGUUCACAAACGCCACCUUCGCGAAUCAACUCCUAGGACAGCUGCCCAUGCCUGUCCACAACUAAAAGUACCUUAAUAAAUCAAAAAAAUAUUGGCUUAAAUCUAAUGGGAAAAGACUAGACAUUCUAUUAUACCAACACCGGUAUAAUUAACGUCAAUUAUUCCAUUUAAUUUAUAAUGGAACGAAAGGUACUUAAUUACGAAUUUAUUCCGUCCGCUUAAAUGUAGAUCAUAACAAAAUUAUCUAAAAAUUGUACCCCAGUGCUUUUAUUUUUAAUGAUUAAUUAAAUCAAUUUGUCUUCCAAUAAAUACAAAUGAAUUUGAAACAUUCCGCACGUUUUAUAUUUGAACGGUUUAUACGUAUAUCUACGUAACUAUACACCUUUUGUUUCCAUAACAAUACCUUAAAUUUUAUCAGUCAUGUGAAAUGAAUCCACUAGCCUAUUGGGUAGGCACGACUGCAAAAAUCAAAGUAUCGGGUAUUAUGUGCAAUCUUUGGUGAUGGUACGGGAUUAUCAUUUAAGCCUAAUUGCUAAGUUAGAUAUUAAACUAUUUUAGAGCUAGAAGGUAGAACGUAAUUAAAUUGACGAAUGCAUGUUUCAUUUCAAUCCAGCCAAGGGAAUGUGACGUUGAGAUUAACAGUAAACGAAAGUGGAUUAAUACAGAAUGGUGCUAAACAUGAUAAAACGUUGCUGACUUGAAAUGAAGCGAUAUGGAACGGAUGACAUUUCUUGUCCGUUCCAUGAAUUACAUCAAAGGGAAUAACUUUGAUACAACUAAGGCCCAGUUGCAGAAAAUUAACUAAAUCUUCAUUGGACUAAAACAAGAUUUAACCCAAACAAUGAUGUCAAAUCGACAUCGACGUUCAUAUUUUCUGUGUAUAUGUUUUAGUUAAAAAGAGAUUUAGCAAAAUUUGCUAACAGUGGGCCUAAAUGCACAAUUAGGAAUCUCUUUCCUCGAUUUAGUGAUAUUAGCUUCUAAUUAUCUCUCGAAAUAUUAACACAAAUAUGUCACAAUUUUUUGUGUAUGUACUAUAGAGAAUGUUAUGUUUGUUCUUUGUUUGUACUUAUUAUUGAUAUCGAAAUUUUUUUAUUGUUUGACGAACCAAAAAUGGGUUCGUACAAUAUGUCGUACCAAGUUUAAAUGCAUUUCUAGUAAUAUUUAUACUAUUUAAAUUAAAAUAUCGGUCGACUGUCUGUGCUGUGAGUGUGUGUGUUAGAUUGAUUUAUCUUUUGUGUAACUGAGUUAUUUAAUGGGUCGAUUGUUAUGUUAUAAUAAUAAAUAAUAAUCAAGAGAGUCUUGAUGUUGCGCUUCCGAUUUUAUAGAAUGAAAUAGUAGGAGACAAUGAUGCUCAAUUUAUACAGAUGCGCUUUCACAGCGAAGCUUGUGGAAAAUAUUGAAUAAAUUGUAAAUAUUGUCUAAAUUUAGAAAAAAGUAGUAGUAAAAUUUUGAAAAUGUAUUAGCUGCAUAAUUGUAGUACCUAAUUAGCAUUUAUGAGAUUUUUUAAAUAGAUUAAUAACGUUAUUGAUAAAUUUGUACAAUUCGGUAAGUUUUUGAUAGAUCUGAUUUUUUAUAUUGGCUUAUCAUUGAAUGAUUGUAUCAGUCCAUUUUAUUGUGAUAGCGCGUGCAUUGUUUUUUACUUGACUGUUGCAUUUACUAGCAUUUUGAUUCCAACAUGAACCUAGGUAGUUUCAUGUUUAAGAAACGAACUCUUUGUUACUCUGUAUUGAUAAGCAAUAUAUCAUG